AUGCGGCUCGUUCCCCUCCGAAGGCGCCCUUGGAGCCGGGAAGGGGCCUGGUCGGGAGAGGGUCGGGAAGCCAGCACCGAAGCCGAGACGCAGCCGCCCCUGGGACGCGGGGCUCCGGCGACUCGAGGAGGUGCCGAGGGUCCCUGCCGGUUCUGGGAGGCGCUGGAGCGGGGCGCGCGGGCGGGCGAGGCAGCCGGUUCUGGUAGACCCGGAGAGGCCUUGGGUCUUGCGAAGCCCGAUCGUAUGGCCAAGCGCGAAGCCUUGGUCGGAGCGCAGAAGGAAGCGGCGCGGGUGCCGGCCUCAGCCGGGCCUCGGCGCCAGAUUUCGCAAGACCGCGACUUUCGGGAACCCCUGGAAUUGAGGCGGCAGGUCGCGUUCCCCUUCUCCCACUUGGUCAGCCCUGUCCACCCGCCACAAGGGCAGCGACAAGGCCACCGUGGAGAUCCCCUGCUCGCCCAGGGCGCCUUCGAGGACUACGGUCAGAGAAGGAAGUCUGCUGCCCACAGCACGGCGGGCGACCUGCUCGCAGCCCGGCUCCAGGAAGCAACCGCCGUGGAGACCCCGCCAGGUAAGGCACGCGGGCUGGCGGGCCUGGCAGGGGGUGGCCGCCCGCGCACCGUAGGUUGGGGUUCCGCAGCGCGUGUCGCGGGUGCCCGGGAUACAGACGUUCCCCCAAGUGACCCCAGUUCUACAGAAGGGGUUCGGGACGUGUGGCUUGCGGAGGUCUCUUCAACUUCCAGAGCGCGCGCCUUGCGACUGGACUGGGCUCCCCGGAACCUCAAAUCCUUCAAGUUUGGCCCUGUCCCCUGCCCUCCGCGACUCCGGGAAACUUUCACCACAGCGUGCCCUGCACUUCGGCGGGGUCCUCUGUCCCAUGGCGGCGUGAGCCACGGUAAACCGAGCCCCUGCCCGCUGGCUCCGGUGGUCGCUGCCACCGUGGGCUCUGCUCCCCGAGCUCGGCCCCAUGCUCUGCUCGGUGUGGCCAACCCAAGGCCCACGUGCUUCCGUCCCUGUGCCUCAAUUCUCCCACUUGUCACGUCCCGCCUGCCACACUGAGCGACCUCGGGAAAGUUUUGCAUCUCGUCGCGUGACCCGGGGCCUUGUGGGUCUCCUGCGAGGGGACAGCGGGAACCGCGGCGCCCACGCGCAAGGCCGCACAGCGAGUCCGCGCCAGACUGCGAGAACCGUGCGGGGUCCAGCCCAGAGUCCCCGCCUGCGCCCCGGGACCCUGCUGCUCCGUGCCUCCCCGAAGUCACCGCAGCCCGGGGCAGCCCGGGGGUCCCCGGAGCCUCUGGCCUGGGCACCUGCAGCGAGUGGGGCGUGCGUUACCUGGUGGAGGGUGGGACAGGUGUGCCGGUUCCCACGCGCGUCCCCGCCGCGCGGCGGGGAAGUGGCGCUGUGACAGCCGUGCGGCCGACCGGCCUGGAGUUUAAAUGUCCCCGGGAGGAGCGGUGUCGCGCGGGCGCCAACUUUCCUUAAUACCCGCGCGGCGCCGCGCUCAUUGGCUGCGGGCGCGCGUGACGUCACGACACGAGUCGGGUUCGACUUGCGGGGUCCGGGCCAGGGACCCCCAAUCUGGGCCAGGUCCGCGCAGCUCACCCCGCGCCCUGCUCCCCCUUCCCAAGGUGCAGGCACUGACUGGUCUGCCCUGGCCCAGCCCUGAGCAGGCUGUGGUCAGCGCUCUUUGGGUGACCACCUGUCCCCUCCUCGGUUCCCGGAGUCACUUGGUCAGCGGGAUCCCGAAUGCGCCGGGUAGACGGGCGACUGCAGGAGGUUGCCGGGGGCUUGAGGCGCGAUGGUACGGGCCUGGCCCUGCCCAGCGCUCGCAUCCUUGCCAGACACAAGGGAUCCGGAGGGAUGUGCGCCCGCCCGGCCUGCGGAGCCCUGCCAGGGCUGAAAGGCUCCAGCCACGUAGAAAAUGCAGGUGAUUGUACUUCGUGUUGACUGCAGGGUCAGCUGUUGACUUUAUGGCCUGGAGAGGACACGGGUCAGAACUGUCCCUGCCGGGAUAAGGAGAUGCCUGGGCUGGGCAGGUGCUGAGGGGCUAACCUGGUGUCUGCACCAGGUCUGCACCCCCUAGCAAUGAGGAAACAGCUCGGAGAGCCCAGAGUGCAUGUGGGAAGGUUGCCCCAGGGGGCUUCUUGACUCUGGGCUUCCCUCCUCUGCCUGCAGCAGGAGGUCUUGCCUGGGGGCAGGGACACUGGAGAAGUGACAGGGAAGACAGGGGGUGUAGGGUCACUCUUGGGCAGCUCUUGGCAGGCCGGGCCCAGAUUGUGUAUGUUGUGUGUGUGUGUGUGUGUGUGUGUGUGUGUGUGUGUGCCAGCUAGAAGGAGGCUCCAGGGCCAGAUCCCUUGCACCUUGGUUGGUAGUGGUAACAAGUGGGCCAUACACAGAUGUCACCAAGGUGCCAGGUCUGGAAGUUCCUACUUCACCCCCGUGCACCUAGCCAGGUGUGUGACCUCUCAACAGCAUGGAUGCCUGUGCCAGGCGGUGGGCCUGCACCCUCGGCCUGGACAGCUGACAGCUGGACUCGAGGCAUGUCUUGUCCCAGCAGUGGGAGCCAGAGAGUGGAUGUGAAGAAGAGCCCUGGGCUUGAGAAGCCUGGACAGCAGAUGGAACCCACAGCACCUGGGCACCAGUCAGGACUGCGUGGGCCAGGCCUGGACCCCUCAGUGUCUUGCUGCCUCAGCCUGGCUCUGCCACAGCCAGCUUGGUGGCUCUCUCAGGCUGGCGCUCCUGUGACCCAAUUUCUCUCUGGGCACCCAGCCACUCUGCAGGACCCAGUGCACCCCAGCUCCAAAGGGCCUGAGGUUGCCUCUCCACUACCAUUCACUUGGGCGGGGUUCCCGGAGGGCCUGGGCCUGCGUGGCCAGGCCAGCCUUUGCUUUCUGUCCAGCACGAUUUCUUUCCCUGUCCUCUGUCCCCUGCCCCUGCCGCCCAGGGCCGCACGCUGGGUCUGUUGGAAGUGCAGGCCUUAGCUUCCAUCCAUCUCUGCAGCCCGGCAGGCUGCUGGAGGGCCAGCUGGAAACCCAGGCCACCACCUGCUUAUUGGUAGCCAAGGGUGUGCUUGGGGCUCGGCCUUGGGGUGCAAGCAGGGUGAGACCUGCCUGGCCCUGUGCCCUCCAGCACUGGUCAGGCAGGAAGAGGUGCAGCUCAACUCCAUUGCGGGAACCUUGUCCCAGCUGCAUGCUGGCCAACGCUCUGUGCCACCAGUGGCUUUGGGUCCAGAGGGCUGGCUUGCAGGGAGAGCACCUCCAGGGGCAGCCUGGCCUCUCUCUUGGGCUGAGGCUCAGGCCAGCUUCACCCACCAAGUGUUACCCCGGGGUGGGACGUGGGUGGGGUGCAAAGGGAAAGAGGCUCUUCUGCUUCCCGCUGCCUCUUGGCCGGCUUGCCCAGCAUGCAAUUCUCAGACAGGCAGGGCAGCCCCGGCUCUGGUUAUCAUCAUCUUCCUCCUUGCUGCCCCUUCCUCCCCCUCUGUGGCAGCUCUGGCUGUCUAGGUCAGGGGCUCUGGGGCCACCUCCCUGCCAUGCCAUCCUCGACUGACUGCCUAGCAAGCUCCAGCCCGGCAGAAGCGAUGGGAGGUGACGCAGGAGCCAGAGCACAGGCUGCAGAGCCAGUCUAGGCUGGAAGAGAGGGUGGAGGAAAAGAGGCCGAGAGUGGGAGAGAGAGGGAGGAGAGAGCAGGAGAAAGAGGGAAGGGAAGGAGAGGGGAGAGAGAGGAAAGGAGAGCGACAAAGAGAGACAGAGGAGAGAGACAGGAAACCAGAGAGAGACAGACAGAUAGACAGAGGGGAAGGAGAGAGAAGGAAAAAGGGGAGAGAAAGAGGGAGGGCAAAAGGGAGAGAGAGGGAGAGGCUGGCCCAGGCUGGAACCCCAGCCCUGCCCUGAAGCCUAGCUAGGGUGGGUCUCUAUGUCUCACCCUUCUUCUCUCCCCCACUUUAUGCAAAUAAGUGGCCCCUCCCUGAGGACCUGGAUCCCGGGUGGGUGGGAAUCGAUUAUUUCUCUUUUCAUCGACAGUGAACAUUGAUUGUCCCAACCACUGAAAAGUAGAAAUGGAUUUUUCCCACUUAAAUAUUUCAGUUCCAUUUUACUAAGCCUGGACAGCAGUACAUCCUAUUAACUUCUGUUUAAAAGAGUAGUAUUCCUGGGAGAAUGCUGAUCGAUACAGGGGUCUCCUGGCACUUUUUCACCUAGAAUUUAAUAGAAGGGGGAGCAGUCUCGGCACCACUGGGAAAAUACUAUGCACUUUCUGGACGGUUUGGAACAGUGCUGACUGCCGCAGGGCACACACGGCCGGGUGAAGCUGCCGAGCCGGGUGUUCAGCCCUGGCUCUGUCCUGCUCCUCUGCUUCCUUCCUCUGUUUUGACCCUUUUGUAGUUUAGAUGAAAGCUGCAGGAACAUCCUGUGAAUCUGAACAUCAUAAAGAGAAAUGUUUAGCAGAGAUUCCGUUUGCCAUCUCUUCACCUGUGUAAGAGAGCGCGUCGUGGCCGAGCUCCCCACCCUUCCUCACCCAUCCUCCUAAGCCCACCUGAGGUUCCUGCCACUGCAAAGGCUCUCAGAGCCUGGAAAAAACCCAGUGCUUCCAGCUUGCGUUCCCAGUAAGAAAACUCUACUUCAGCAGCUGCCUGCCCUUCGGCGGCCGGGAAGCAGCGCCCGCCCGGCCCAGAGCCGAUCUCUUUGCUGCUCAGCCGGCAGAGGUGGAGACAGGAACUGAAUUCCCUGGGGGUGAUUGGAUGCAACUCGCUGAAAGUCGACAGCCACGUCCUGGGUGUUAGGAACUCACUGUUUCUCGACGUGACAAGGCCAGCUUCGAUCUGCAAUCGUAUUUGAAUGGGCAAUGAGCGGAAAGAUGCCUGGUCAUUAAGCCUGCUUCUUCCUUAGCAAAAUCAGGAGCAGCUUCAUUUGCACACAAAUGCUAAUAAAACUCGGACUUGGGCAACUCUUUAAUAAAAAGGGAUGGCUGUGUAAUUCAAACUGGAGGUGAAAAGGAGCCAGAGAGAGAGAGAUGGGUUCCAACCAUAUCCCCGACUUUUCCCCAAAGGUCUAUGUGAUUGAGUUGACUUUUUUACUUUAAAUCUUAAAUAAGAUGUGAGUUGUAACAAGAGGAUUGGCACUUACUCCGUGACCCUUAUAAUUGGAUUAAAUAUAGACUGAGACGUACAAAAACACACCGAGACUGACACCUGCCAACUGGACUUCCUUAUGAUUGAUGGUGAUGCUUCGUGCUGGCAACAAUAAUGAAAUAAAUUGUACGGAUAAAACA